AUGUCAACAGCUCCCAAAUUUCCCGGUAUCUUAACCGUUACACUGCACGAAGCUGAAGGUCUUUCUGCCGCGGGCCAGUACCGUGAACUCUUCAGCGGCGACUCGGAUGGGCCCAACCAGCCUUCUUCUCGCCUCCGGUACCAUCUCCCGUAUGCCUUGCUAGAUUAUGAGAGGUUGCAAGUCUCUGUUGACUCGCUGUUGGGGACCGCUGAAAGUCCCCAGUGGCUGGCUCAAUGUGGUGCUACCUGCAAGUUCGAUAUCUCGAGGACCGCUGAGUUGGCUAUUCAGUUGUACCUCAAGGACCCGAAGGCGUCGAAGGGGAGCCAGGACGUAUUCCUUGGUGUAGCAAGAUUAAACCCCUUCAAUGGAUCGAUAGUAUCAGGCCCGCAGUGGAUGGCUUUGCAAGGCGGCACUGGCAAGAUUCUCGUCAGUCUGGAAUACGCACAUGUCGAGAACCAGAUGUUAGAUAUCGACACGUCUGAUUAUGCGUGGCUCGGCCCAUCCGGAGUCGUGCAAGUCAAGAAAAAGGAUACCCGACAGCGUCACCUCCAUGGGCCACAUCGUUUUGACGUCGAGAGGGCCAGACUCUAUGCCGCCGAGAUGGUUUGCGCGCUGGAGUACCUGCACAACGUCAACAUUAUCGGCUGGCUAAAAGCCGGAAAUGUUUUGCUGGACUCGCUGGGACAUGUCACUCUAUGCGGUUUCGGUCUUUUCACACGACACAUGGAGGGCGGGGAGCCAGUCACCCAUAAGAGACCCGAGUAUCCAGCUCCGGAAUCACUUGUUGACCACGAAAACACGCCCAGGGCCGCCGAUUGGUGGACACUGGGUGUCUUCUUGUAUGAAAUGCUGACAGGACUACCGCCGUUCUACGAUAAUGACGUCGAAAAGAUCCGGCUCAACAUCCUAAACCAGCCUCUCGAGUUCCCCAACUCACUCCCCUCAUCCGCCACGGAUGUCCUACACAAGCUCCUUAACCGGGAUCCCAGACAACGAUUAGGGGCAGGCGGUGCCGCGGAGGUCAAGGGCCAUCUUUUCUUCGAGGAUAUCGACUGGAGCAAGCUCAUGCAGCGGGGCUACCAGCCUGUGUUCAAGCCCGGCUAUUCCGCCAGUUCCUUCCAGCACCACGGCGUCGACUAUCCCCCUGAACGAUGGCUAUCCCUAGAAGAACGAUUAAAACAAUUCGCCGGCUUCACCUACAACCGACCCUCAGGCCAACCUAAACCCAAACCCAAACCCAAACCCACCAACACCCCCUCUCCCAGACCUUCCCAACCCACCAUCAUCAAACCCGACCAUCCACUCCCAUCACCAACCACCUCACCCCCGCUUUUUCUUACAUUGGAGCGUCUUCUUGUGGUUUGCUGCCGUAGGGCCCUUCUGGUGAAUUUCUUACGAACAUCAUCCCGUUGUGGCAAAGGGUGUAGUCGACUAGUUUGCCGCGCUGCGCGGCCCCAUGCCAGACGAAAUUCUGGUUGGGGAGGCCUGGGUGGGAGGGGGGUGAUGGGUGUGGGAAGGGGGAUGGGAAUGGGCAUGAGGUUUGCGGAUGACACCAACCUUCUAGUAUUUGGUCGAAACCCCGAAGCCAAUGUCCGGCAACUAGAGGCGGCGUGGGAAACGUGUAUACGAUGGGCGGACAGUCGGGGGAUGAAGUUCGCCCCGGAAAAGAGCGAACUGAUCCAUUUCAACAAAGGGCGACGGCAGUGGACCGAACAAGUAAACCUUGCCAACCCAAGGGGAGGCACCAGCCCCGUUAAACCAGAAGGGUCUGCCAGGUUCCUGGGAGUCUGGUUGGACUGGAAACUCAACUGGAAGGCCCACCUGGUGGCGGUGGAGAAGAAGCUGAGGACCCAGAGCUAUGCCCUGUCGAGGAUCGUGGCAAAGACAUGGGGGAUGGGGCUAGCCAAAGCGCGAGAAGUGUACACAAAGUGCAUCCGGUCGGCGCUGGCCUAUGGCGCAUCAUCGUUUCACAUCCCCACGGAUGUGGGAGGCGAGCCGGCAAAGAAAGGCAUCACUAAGGCCCUCGGGAAGGCCCAGAACAAGAGCUUGCGGAUUGUGGCGGGAGCCUUUAAGUCUACCCCCAUCCGUAACCUCGAGACAGAGACAUGGGUACCACCAUUAGACUUGUACCUAAACAAACGGCUUGCAGAUUUCGAAAACCGACUCCAACAACCCGAUCUGGACGACGGUCGAGGCGGCAAGAAGACGGCGGCGAGCGUUGUCCUCACCGCCUGCCGCAAGAUUCAGCAGAGACUCAGCUCGAGGAGGGGCAACAGGGGCCGACCGCGAACCUUGGGACCUCAAGGGCCUACGGCGGUGGAGAGAGCCGCGGGCACGGUCAUGCGCUGGACGGGGGGAACCGUUGACACGAACAGGGUAGUAGAAGAGGCUUGGAAAGCCAGGUGGUUAAAGGAGCGGGACGGCAGGGCAAUCACCAGGCCGGCGGACGACUUUGACCAUCAGCAGGAGACGCUAUUCCGGAACGAAACCCUAAGGAGGCACGACGGUCUCAGCAAGGCAAAGAGCUCACUGCUGAUUCAAAUCCGGACGGGAGCGAUAGGCUUAUGGGACUUCUUGUUUACACGGGAAGUCCCGGAGGUUCUGACUCCUGCCUGCGAGUGUGGCGAGGGAUGA